CCCGUUCCAUCUCCCUCACUCCUUCGCUCUUCCUCCUACUUGUAGCUUGUAGUACUCCUCGACUCCACUGCACUGCCUCCAUCGCAAGACACCUCUGCUUAGCUUGUUGAGAGUUGAGACCAGGACACGUAGAUCGACGAUGGACGCCAAGGCGGAGGCGGCGGCCGGCGACGAGGAGGUCCCGGAGGCGCCGGAGCAGACCGUCGCGCUCGUCUCCGCGGGCGCCAACCACUCCGUCGCCCUGCUCUCGAGCAAGGCGGUGUGCUCCUGGGGCCGGGGCGAGGACGGGCAGCUGGGCCACGGCGACGCCGAGGACAGGCCGGUGCCCACCCUGCUGAGCGGCUUCGACGUGCCAGGCAUUGCCUCCGUCGUCAUCUGCGGCGCCGACCAUACCACCGCCUACUCCGACGAACAGAUGCAGCUCUACAGCUGGGGAUGGGGAGACUUCGGGAGGCUGGGGCACGGCAACUCCAGCGACGUGUUCCACCCGCAGCCCAUCGAGGCGCUGCAGGGGAUCAAGAUCAAGCAGAUCGCCUGCGGGGACAGCCACUGCCUCGCCGUCACUGACGCCGGACAAGUGCAUAGUUGGGGCCGCAAUCAGAACGGGCAGCUUGGCCUUGGAAACACUGAAGACUCUCUGCUCCCGCAAAAGAUUCACGCUUUUGAGGGUGUCUGCGUAAAAAUGAUUGCUGCUGGUGCUGAGCAUACCGCUGCAAUAUUAGAAGAUGGCGAUCUUUACGGAUGGGGCUGGGGUCAAUAUGGCAACUUAGGUCUCGGUGAUCGCAAUGAUCGCUUAGUCCCAGAAAAAGUUUCUUCCGUGGAGGGAGAGAAGAUGGUGCUCGUUGCAUGUGGGUGGCGCCACACGGUUACGGUGUCGUCAUCUGGUGACCUGUACACAUAUGGCUGGAGCAAGUAUGGCCAACUAGGGCAUGGAGAUUUUGAAGACCACCUAGUUCCACACAAGUUGGAAGCCCUGAAAGACAGGUUCAUUUCUCAGAUUGCAGGUGGGUGGAGACAUACAAUGGCAGUAGCAGGAGAUGGAAAACUUUAUGGAUGGGGUUGGAACAAGUUUGGACAGGUUGGUGUUGCUGAUAAUGUAGAUCACUGUUCUCCCGUCCAGGUUAUUUUUCCUGACGAACAGAAAGUUGCACAGGUUGCCUGUGGAUGGAGGCAUACUCUUGCUCUGACAGAAAAUAAGAAUGUAUUCUCAUGGGGUAGGGGUACCAGUGGACAACUUGGUCAUGGUGAAAUAAUCGACAGGAACACACCCAAGAUGAUCGAUGCCCUAAGCCUUGAUGGAUAUGCUUGUAAGAACUUGGAGUCAUCAAAAGCUGUUCCCAUGAUAGCUGAAGUCCGGAUCACGCCAUCGGCACGAUACGCCCUUGUCCCCGAUGAGAAUGUUUGUAAACCAGGUGAAGGUAUCCUCCAAGGAAAUGGAACUGACACGCACGUGCCGCAGAGCGAUGCGAAGAGGAUGCGCGUCUGAGCAUAUGUUCUUCUACGACCUAGCAGUAUACAAUAAGCCAGCUAGGCAACCUUGGCCUUCAUCAUCUAGUACAUGCAGCUCAGUCUUGGUGCAUUGCUUUCUUCCAUAAGUAAUGUGCUACCUUAGCUGAUAUGAUGUUCGCCUGCAAUGUACUCCUAGACUCCUAGUAGUAGUAGUAGUAUGGGAGAAAUAAUCAAUAGUCUUAAUCUAAACCCUUGCAGGGUUUUGCAAGCUAAGCAUCAAUUAAGCAGCAACGGUUUUGCUCUCCUGGUGAAAGCUAAUACAUCAUAUAAUGGAUGCUUGUUUCACUGAUAUUUUAGCUUAAUUUAUGUAAGCAUAAUGAUUGCCAUAUGCGCAUUGUGAUUUUUCUCUUUUGUGAA